AUGAAAAGAGCUUCCUCGGUGUCUCUCCUCCAGAAGACUCCCUCCUCUCCAGUCCGCUGCCACGCGCCGGCUACCCGCUCAGCCGCACUGUUCUGGAGCAAAGAUGGAGAGGAGCUGCGAGGCGUGGACCACGGAGAGAUCCUCCCCAACCACGACGGAUCCUUCCAGAUGAGCGUCGACCUGAAACUCUCAGCAGUCCCAGCUGAAGACUGGAGGAGGUACCAGUGUGUGUUUCAGCUGUCUGGUGUGGAGGAGCCCAUCGUCAUCCCGCUGGAAGAAGCUGGGAUCAGGACCAACGCAGAGAAGCCUUCUGGCAUGACCACCAUCAUCAUCAUCAGCCUCCCCAUCAUCAUCAUCACCAUCACCCUACUGGCUGUCUCUGCUCUCGCUUUGGGCAGAGUCAUGGAUUACAAAAAGAGGAAAGCCGAAUGCCCUCCGACUUCUGACAACAGCUCCGAGCUCUCUGAGAAGCUGAACCCUGAGACUCAGGGAUGACCUCGGCGACCUGCACACGGCGAGUUGCUUCUGUGGUUUGAGGAGCUUCUGUGAUGGUUUCUGUGGUUUGAGGAGCUUCUGUGAUGGUUUCUGUGGUUUGAGGAGCUUCUGUGAUGGUUUCUGUGGUUUGAGGAGCUUCUGUGAUGGUUUUGACUAUUUUGGAUAUUUGAAGUCUAAAUGAUGCUGUAAAUAUGUGGUUUUGUUUUUUAUUUACACAUUUAUGAUGAAUUAUUUAGUUUUAUAUUGUAUGUAUUUCUUUUUGUCAGGUUCAUGGAUCAAUAUUGUUCCGGAUCAAGAAGUGAUGUCACCACAUUCUCCUCCAUGAACUGUGAAUUCUUCAUAUAUAUAUAUAUGUGUAUAUAUAUACAUACAUAUGCAUAUAUAUACGUAUAUAUAUGCAUAUAUGUGUGUGUAUAUAUAUACAUAUAUGUAUAUAUAUAUAUAUGUGUGUGUGUGUGUAUAUACUAGAGAUGCACCGAUCAGGUUUUUGGUGCCGAUCACUGAAAUCAGUAUCUGCCGAUCCGAUAAUACCGAUCACGGUGUCGAUUGAAGCAUUCUAUUUAUUGUGUAGCAUUAUUGCCUAGGACUAUGAGGAAAUACAUAUGUGACACGCGUCUUGCCGUCACUGGUAGGUUCCCCUUUAAGCACCACGGAAUGAUCAGCCAGAGCGAUAGUUUGUAAUAUACUUUAUUGUAUACGACCGCAGACAGUGUCUCUGCUCCAGCACUCCAGCCCGUCCAGCUCCUUUUGAAGACAAAGCCUCGCAGAUACACAAACACAGAUUGUCAUCAGCUGGUCUGAUUGUCAUCAGACCAGCUGAUGACAAUCAGACACCAUUCCCUGAACCACACCCCCGCUCCACCCACUCUGCAGCCGAGCUUACACACACCCCACUGCCACAACAUAUAUAAAGCAACUCAAACAUUAAAGAAAUUACCGAUUUCUUUAAACAUUUAGGAAUUUUACUUUGAAAAAUGUCCUAAUUGAUACAUUAAAAUUGUUUGAUUGCUA